CAAAGAUAGGACUGUCCUGGAGGUGGAGUCCAAGAAGUUUCCUUUCUUUCUUGAAGAAAGAUACUGGAAUGUAUCUAAUGCGGCCGGCCGGAGCCAGGCUGAGGAGCCUGCAGGAGUGGAAUGCAUAAUUACCCCUCUCCGGGGACAUCUGGAGCAGCUCCCCAGGAGGCCUGAGGACGGCCACCUGAGCGCGGAUUCCCGCUCCGUCUGAGGAGCUCUCUGCAGACCCACCUGCGUGCAAGAAAGGAGCUGGGCCUCUGGACCUGGGCACCAUGGCCCAGCUGCAGUCCUCUGAAGUGCAGCAGCUGCUCCACAACAAGUUCGUCGUCAUCCUGGGAGACUCCAUCCAGAGGUCCGUGUACAAGGACCUGGUGCUCCUGCUGCAGAAGGAUUGCCUGCUCACUUUCGACCAGCUCAAGGUCAAGGGGGAGCUGAGCUUCGAGCAGGACAAGCUGGUGGAAGGAGGCAAGAAGGACAUCAUGACCAACAGCACCGACUACCGCGAGGUCCGCGAGUUCUGCACCGGCCACCACCUGGUGCGCUUCUACUUCCUCACGCGCGUGUACAAUGAGUACGUCCGGGCCGUGCUGGAAGAGCUGCGGUCCCACGAGCACACCCCGGACCUGGUCAUCAUGAACUCCUGUCUCUGGGACAUCUCCAGGUACGGGCAGGACUGCUUUAGCAGCUACCGGGCGAACCUGGAGAACCUGUUCCGGCACCUGGGCCAGGUGCUGCCAAAGUCAUGCCUCCUGGUGUGGAACACGGCCAUGCCCCUGGGCAGGAAGGUCACUGGGGGCUUCCUCCCGAAAGAGCACCCGGCCAUUUCCUCUGCCCGGAUUAAAAAGGUGAUUGAAGCCAACUUCUACAGCUAUGUGGAGGCGAAGAACCACAAUUUAGAUGUGUUGGACUUGCAUUUCCACUUCCGCCACGCGGAGAUGCACCGGCACGGAGACGGGGUACAUUGGAACCAUCACGCGCACCGCCGCCUCUCCCAGCUGCUGCUGGCCCACGUGGCCGACGCUUGGGGUGUGGAGCUGCCUCACCGCCCACCAGUGGGCCAGUGGUUCAAGUGUGACCCUGCAAGGGGCAGAUCUAAACAGAGACUUGAAAGGCAGUCCCAGAGCAGCAGAAACCCAAGGGCCUUACCCCCACCUGCAUCGUUGCCUCCUCCCAGGCACAGCCCCCUGCUGCCACUCCCAGCUCCCCGCCCACCCCUGUCCCCACUCCUGCCCUCGCCGCCUCUUCCCAUUCCCUGUCACCCGGCCAUGCACCCCCAGGUCUUGCUCUGUCCCCAAGAUACCUAUUUUUCCUCAGACCAACCUUUCCAGUCUGGUCAAUUCUUCAGCAAUUUCCGUUCUCCCCAGACAGGAUUUGACUUAGGAAAUGACUUUGUGUUUGAUUCCCAGCCGCCAAGGGCCUCCUUCCCCCCACCCUAUUAUCAGCAGCCGGCCCCUGUGGUUCAUAGGGGUUUUCCCCGGAGUCUACCUCCUGGCCCUUAUAUGUCCUGGAGACAGGUGCCCAAACUUUACAGGAGGCAAGCCCAAGGCUACCCAGAGCCAAGGCCUCAUUAG